UCAGAAACAACAUGUCACAAUGGAAAACAACCCUAAACCUCAAUCACAGUGAGGGAGUAUUAACAUCCAGACAAAUUAAUAUAAAAAGCGGGAUUUUCCAAGGUGAUUCUCUUUCACCACUUCUCUUUUGUAUUGCUCUUACCCCAUUAUCCUCACUCUUGAAUAAAAGUAGACAUGGUUACAAGUCUGGCAACAAAGUUAUCAAUCAUUUAUUCUAUAUGGAUGAUUUAAAAACUUAUGCGAAAAAUGAUGAUGAACAAACAGGCCUACUUACUAUCGUUAAAGGCUUUAGUGAUGACAUCAAAAUGGAAUUUGGCCUUGACAAAUGUGCCAAAGCAACUUUUAAACGAGGUAAAUUGGUGAAAUCUGAAAACAUUGUGAUUGAUAUAAAUACAACCAUUCAAGAUCUUGAACAAGAAGGCACAUAUAAAUAUUUAGGAGUAAGUGAAGGUGAUGGAAUAGAACAUUCUAGCAUGAAAGAGAAAAUCAGAAAGGAAUCACUAUAGACGAAUACGACUGUUGCUAAAAUCAGAACUAAAUGCCACUAACAGAAUAAAUGCAAUCAACACGCUUGCAGUCCCAGUUGUCUCGUACAGCUUCAAUAUCAUUAAUUGGAAAUUAGAAGAUUUAAGAAGACUAGAUAGAAAAACUCGAAAGCUGCUGACAACUGCAAAAAUGCACCAUCCUAAAGCCGAUGUCGAUAGGCUUUACCUUCCAAGAACAUCAGGUGGUAGAGGUCUUAUUCAAAUUGAGACAAGCUACAAGUUAACCACUAUCGGUCUUCACACGUAUUUGAACUCCAAUGAGGACUGCCUUCUUAUGAUUGCUAGAGAGCAUGAGCAAUUGAAGAACACAACAUCUGUAGAUGUUCAAGCUGCUAAGUUUAAAAGAGAAUUCGAUGUACCAGAUAUCGAAAAAUUGGACAAUGAAGGAGCUACCACCUAUGCUCGAAGAACAAAACUUAAAGCUAAAAAUCUGGCACUUGAACACUUAAAACAUAAAUGGGAAGAAAAACCUCUUCAUGGUCAGUACCCAAAACGAAUUAAUGACAAAGAUGUGGAUCAAGCACAAACGUAUGAAUGGCUUAGAACAUCUGGCCUUAAAUCUGAAACAGAAGGGUUUAUCAUUGCUGCACAAGACCAGUGUAUCAAGACCAACUACUAUAGGAAUAAGAUCUUAAAAGAUGGAACAGACCCAAUGUGUAGGAUAUGUGGCAAAAACCAAGAGACUAUAGACCAUCUUGUUUCUGGCUGCUCAGAAUUGGCCAAAACAGAGUAUAUUCAUAGGCAUAACAAAGCAGCAGCAUACCUCCAUUGGGCAAUUUGUAAGCACUAUAAUAUUGAGGUCAAAGAUAAGUAUUAUGAACAUGAACCAUCAACUGUAGAAGACAAUGAAGAAGCUACUAUACUGUGGGAUAUGCCAAUACAAACUGACAGGGAAAUAAAGGCCAAUAGACCCGAUAUAGUAGUGAAGAAUAAGAAAGAGAAAACCUGCUUGCUUAUUGAUAUGUCUAUUCCAACUGAGAGAAACACCUCCGUAAAAACAUCAGAAAAAUUAUCCAAAUACAAAGAUCUUGAAAUAGAAAUUCAAAGAAUGUGGGGUAUGAAGACCACAACAAUACCUGUGGUAAUAGGUGCUCUCGGUCUAAUCAAGAAAGGGAUGGAAAAAUAUGUCAAGCAGAUCCCAGGUAACAUCAGGGUACAGGAAAUACAGAAGGUUGCUCUCCUUGGCACUGCUCAUAUAAUAAGGAGGGCACUGUCAAUCAAAUAAACCAUACACCCCCUCAUAGAUGCCCCAAGUCCAGGGCAUUGGACUCGGCAUCAUGAGUGAAUAGAGCAAAAUAAUUAAGAGAUAUAAAAUAAUAAUAA